AUUGCAGUCACGCGGCAAUGCUCAGUUUGGAGAUGACGCACAAGGUGUGCGUGUGGACCCUCUUUCCCAUACUAGAAUUUAACGUAAUAUCUAUUUAGCAUCAUUUUAUCGGCCGUAAUAAGGUUCCUGUGAUUAUGAUUUAAUUGCAUUUGGAUUUGUCCUCCUUUUGCACCAUCUGCGCCACCCUUUUCCCCGCGUCCUGCGGGGAUGUCUCGUCAUCUGAUCCAAUCUGCCUGAUUUGAUCUCUGUGAGGAGGCUGAUGGACGAUGCGCGGUCCGUUUGGGCCAAGUGGACACGAGCGCGCCUCCAAGUCCUGAAUGCAGCAGCGGCGGAGAGAGACACCGACCAGGGUGUCACCGUUAUUCCCGGAUGCUGCGCCGCAGGAUCGGAUACACUGACCCGUCGUCGGGUAAAGACAUCUUGGGCAAUCGCUCCCUUUGUUUCAUAUUUAUUUGCGCCUUUGGACUGGUGACUCUGUUACAGCAGAUUCUCUAUGGAAAAAACUACAUUAAGAGUGCGCAACAGUUUAGCCGACUCAAAGGGGACGAGACAGGAAAUUGGAGCGGUCCCGUUAAUUUCUCGGAUGACGGAUCUCUGAAGCCUGCCAGAAAUGGAAGGAAAAGAUGUUUCCGUCAGCAUUUUCAGCCAGAUUCACAGAUCGCCGUAAUAGUCACACCCUGCCUAGCCGAUAUUAAGAAGAAAAACAAACGCUCUCACAGGUAUUUGGGAAACUACGACGGGCACUUUGAGUACAACUCGACAACAUGCAAAGAGGUCAGACAGGAGAUUAUGGACGUCAAAGUCCUGACAAUAAAGAAUUUUCGGAAAGUACGCGGUCGUGGCUAUCCUUCUUCACUCUCCAAGUCUCUCUGCCUGUCUGCCAGGGUGAAAACUUCGGAUUUGUUUGAGAGAUGGCGUAACCUGCAGGUGUGUAAGUGGGAGCAGAGCAAGGAGGAAACCAGCAACUUCAAAAUGUCGCUGUCUCGUUGCUGCAAUGCUCCUUCCUUCCUGUUCACCACCAAAAGGAACACCCCCGCCGGGAGCAAGCUGAGGUACGAGGUGGACACCAGCGGCAUUCUUCCCAUCACCACCGAAGUCUUCAAGAUGUUCCCAGAUGAUAUGCCGUACUCCAAAUCCCAGUACAAGAAAUGCGCCGUGAUCGGAAAUGGCGGCAUUAUUAAGAACAGUAACUGUGGAAAGGACAUUGACUCGGCAGACUUUGUGUUCAGAUGCAACAUACCGCCCAUCAGCGAGAAAUACUCUGCUGACGUCGGCACAAAAACAGAUCUGGUAACGGUGAAUCCCAGCAUCAUCACCGAGAGAUUUCAAAAGCUGGAGAAAUGGCGGCGUCCCUUUUACAACGUCCUACUCAACUACGAGAACUCCUCGGUGGUCCUGCCGGCGUUCUACAACACGCGCAACACGGACGUGUCCUUCCGGGUCAAGUACAUGCUGGACGACUUUGACUCGCAACGCGGCGUCUUCUUCUUCCACCCGCAGUACCUGCUCAACGUGCAGCGCUUCUGGGCCGUGCAGGGCGUGCGGGCCAAGCGGCUGAGCAGCGGGCUGAUGUUGGUCACCGCCGCCCUGGAGAUGUGCGAGGAGGUGCACCUCUACGGUUUCUGGGCCUUCCCCAUGAACCCGUCGGGCAUCUUCAUCACGCACCACUACUACGACAACGUCAAGCCGCGACCGGGCUUUCACGCCAUGCCGCACGAGAUCUUCAACUUCAUCCACAUGCACGCCCGCGGUAUCGUGCACGUGCACACCGGGCCGUGCACGUGAACGCGAGACAAUUUGAAGCUUGUUUUUUCACUGUGGUUUUCUUCUUAGUGUUGUUCUUGUGAUGUUUUCUAGUGGCUCUGCUGUAAAGGUUGGUUCUUUUCUACUCGUUGCUGUACCCGUUCAAACGCGGCGGGCCUUUCUUCCAUGUUGUGUAUAAAAAGAAAAAGCCCAAAUGUUAUCUGGGGUUUAAAAAAAAAAAACAAUUCCAAACGCAGCAUCCAGUUGUCUACUUUUGUAAUCAAUUUGAUUGUUCCCCCCCACGUUGACGGGGCGAACGUUUGAAAUUGGCCUUUUCCAGUGGCCUUUUGGGGAAAUGUGCAACAAGAGGCAACAAUGGGAUUUUAUUUUAUUUAAUUUGACUGACAGUAAUCUUUUGCUAUUCUGCCGAGAAUACUGAAAAAGAAAACGAUGAAUCAAUAGUAUUUUAAAAAAAAAAAUUCCACAAUUUUGAAUCCUUUUUGACUCCAUUUGUUUUGUUCUCCAAAGAAUGCAGAGUUUCCACCGCAAUAGUAUUUUAAACUCAUCUGACAAUUUUAAAAUGACAAAGAAAUUGAAUAGGUUCUGUUGAGAUUAAUGUACUACUUUUUUUCUGUCGAGAGAUUUAGUGCCAUCUGGUGGCAUGGUGGGGGAUUUCAGAUUGAGUUAAUCGUUCGACUGGAAUUUAAGAAACAUGAGUCGCGGGGGAUUACUGUAUUUCUCUCAAGUUUUAUGCCAUGCUGCCUUAUGACAUUCCAUCCUCGCCAUCCAAUAUGCAAUCGACAUCUGUAUUCCUUAAGUUUUGCCCCUCAAAGCAAUCAAAAGGACACGUCGGCCUCUUUUAAGACUCCUCGCUGUGUUAUACUUCAUACUCGUCGUCGUGCAUGAUAAAGCUUUUGUGCGUGGCUGCUUCAGUGCUCACUGAAUUAAGUUUACACUCAACUCACAGAAACCUUUUUCGUCCAAGAGAUUGUUCAACUAGUGGAUGCAGGAAUUGUAGUUCUUUCGGUUCGGACCGCUAUAGUGUGUUGACAUAAUGUUAUUAUUUUAACGGCUGUCAGAAAUGAGACCAGGAGUGACGAUACUGGGACCACUCUAAUAAUCAGUAAAGGGGAACGAAACAGUGCUUGGCUCUGUGGAAUUAAGUUUGUAAAUAAAAUGGUUUGCAUUUUU